UACGCUUCAGUCGAAACGUUAACACUGUUUACACGGUUGGUUGUUGUCUCGAUACAAAGAGAGUGACGGAAAAGCUGGCAGUCAGGCCAACGGCAAGUCAUCAAGCUUUCAGAUAGGAGUACAAGAAUUGACGUCACGAUUGAAAAGUCUGGAAUGGCAAAUGGAUCAACAGACUUAGAACGAAUGGAAAACAAACAGAAAACUAGAGAAUCAAACCAGACGCCUGUUCUGCUUGCCAACGACGAAGUUCAAAACGAUCCUAAAUCGAGGAUUGCUGCUACAUUUACAUCACAAGGUAGCAACGUUCAGCAGGGUUCAAACAACACCAUGAUCAUACAACGUAAUCUUCAUUUUUGUGCUAAUUUAUCAAAACCAUGGCUGAUGGGCUUUGCAGCUAUCAUUGUUUUUAGUGCUAUACUAAUUCCACAAGGAAUCGAAUUCUGGAGUAGGCAUCAUUCCGUCACGUCUUUGUCUCUACCUCGCACAGAUCCAGAUUUUGUUGGGAGGAAGAAAGAAGUUGAACGAAUAUGCCAGUUGUUGUCAUUCUUGGGACCCACAGGUAGCAAUAGCGAGAAUCCUAACAUUGUGAAUAUUAUUGGAGCUCCAGGAUUUGGAAAAUCAGCUCUUGCAAUUGCUGUUGGAAACGAGUUACUGAAAUGUGGUGUACGCGUUCACUAUGUUGACUUAAGUGGUGUAAAAACAGCAAAGGAUGCUAUUGCCAGAAUAUUGCCAAGAGUCACAGACAAAUUGGAAUUAAUCAAUAACAGUGACUAUACUCUUUGGGCAAGUAGCAUCUACGCAAACACUGUUCUAAUUUUGGACAACUGCAAUGGUUUGAUGGAAGACGAAGAGUCUAUUAGAAAUUCGUUCCUCAACAUUUUGUCUAAAAUGUCUUCAAUGAAUCACAGUUUGAGACUGUUGACGACGGCACGGUAUGACUACACCGUGUUGGAUGUGAAAUCUGUGCCGUUUUUAGUCAAGGAACUUUCCACAGAGUCUGCAACACAACUUCUCUUUAAAAUUUCACCACAUACAAACUCAUCAGCAACGGCUUUGUUUGCAAAUCUGACCGGUAAAGUAGCUCUGGCAGUUAAAAUAGUAGGUGCUUUGUUGAAAGAAGGUGAAACGGAGGAUCGUUUAGCAGAUGAAUUGUUUAGGAGCCCUAUAGAAGCUCUUAGUCCAAAUGACUUUCGACCAGAGGAACGAAUCAGAGUAGUCAUUGCUUCUUCAUUUCGUCGUCUUUCUGGUUACUUCAAACGAUCUUUAGCCAUUUUGGCUUGCAUGCCCGGAUCGUUUGACGAGAAUGGUGCUGCUGCUGUUCUUAAUGUUACGACAACUGCAGUUCGAAAGCAGUGUCUGAAACGUAUCACGAGACGUUGUUUGCUAGAAUCAAAUGAUCAUAGUAAACGAUAUCACAUACACACAUUAAUCCACGCGUUUGUAAAAGAAGAUCUGGGUAUACACGUGGAUGGCAAUCUUUUUAGACAUCGAUUUUUUCGUCAUUAUUUUCAGAGACUUCUUGAUCUAGCUGAAAAAUUUGACAACAAUCCAAGAGAUGUUUUAAGAAGCUAUGAUUACGACCAACAUAACUUUUACCAAGUGCUUGUUUACUGUAUGAAUUCACAUCUUGUUUCUGUUGCCGACGAGACUAUAAGAGAAAGUGUUGUAAGACUCGCUGAACAGGCUGCGGAUUUGUUUACGGUUCGUCUGUCUGGUAGUCAACUUUUCCGGUGGUAUCGUCAUGCCUUGUAUUAUGCGGCUGAUCUCACAGAUGACCGAAACAAGAAGAAGUACUGUAAUAUCUUACUUUUGCUGGUCUCAGCAGCAACGAUGCAUGUAAACAAAAAUCGUAACAUCACCGUUAUUCUGGAGAGAGAAACAAUAUUGGUUCAUCAGUGUAGCACCGAGGUGCGAUUUCGAAUGAUUGAACGUAUUUGCUUUAGCCGUUAUGAACUUCACGUCGAUAUCCCAGACAAUGUAUUGAAUUGCUAUCAUACUUACGCUCAACUGUUACGUCUUCCAGUUUCUGACGCGCGAAACUUCUGGUGGCUGGGACAUCAAUUCUACAAGCAUGGGAUUGAUAACGCAGCUGUUGCUUGUUUUAUGAAAACUGGACUUCACUUUGAAGAUAUAAACCUACGAGACCAAGUGAUAUAUUUACAAUCAGCAGCCAAAGUGUUUUCUAAAAAUGGCCAGAAAAAGGAAGAAGCAAUGGCUCGAAUGUCACUUUCAAAGCUUGAUAUCCACAGAUUUCUUCGCUAUCAGGAUUAUUCUACUUUCGUGGACACUGGAAUGCUACACCUUAGAAUGAAUGAACCUGCUAUUGCUCUGUUAUAUUUUGAUUUUGCCUACAUUGGUAUCAAAGAUCUUCUGUCUAAAGAUGACGAAAAACUUUUGAGGUUUCAUUUUUUACGGGGCAAAGCCUUCUUUGCACUUCACAUUUACCAAAAUGCUACUGAACAUUUUGAGAAAGUUGUGGUGCUAUCGAGAAAGUUGUAUGGAAAUGACAGCGUAACGGCAACUUUUAUUGAGGAACUUGGCGACUCCUUAGAUAAACUUGGUCUUGAAAACGCUGUUGGACAUUGGAUAGAAGCGGCCACAAUACUUGAAAAAUUUCCGAAAGAGAAAUAUAAAGUUUUUCUUUUGUUUUUAAAGAUUGGCAAGUGGCAAAUGCUCAACAAUUAUCUCUUCUCCGGAGCUAAGUACUACAAUAAGGCAUAUAAAAUGAUUCAUGAACUAGAGGAAACUAACGAACACGUGCCGACAAUUCCAACGAGCUCGACAACAGAUAUUCAAUCACUUCCACCUACAAUUACUAUUUUUAGUGUAGUGAAUUUAGUCAAGACAUUACUUGAACUUUAUCUUGGGCCUUCGCCUGAUCAAAGUAAUGAUCCUGGUAUGGAAUUUUGCAUGUCUUUGUUCGAGACUGCAAAGUGUUAUGUACUUGAGCAUUUCAUUAGUUGUAUUUUAGUUCUUGUUUUAGUGUUUUGCGGCUACAUACGCAUCUGCUAUUGCCGGUAAUCAAUUACUUUCAAAGCUUACCAACAUGUUGUCUGCGUAUAAAAUUAAUUUCAGUCCU